AUGGGGAGAAUUAAGAAGGUAGCUAGCCAAAAGCAUGAGGCUACAAUCUCACCUUUUUUGCACGAAUUCAUAUCGCGUGCCACAACUCUUCCCGUUCCAGAGCUCCCGUCGCUUCUCAACACAUUCCCUAAGCUAUGGCCGUUCCCACGCGGUGAUCUCUACCAUUGGAUCCAGGUCCUGGAUCGAUUCGAUGAGAUUCUGGCAUCGGCCGUUGAGAAAUAUUUCCUGAAUACUGGUCCUCAAACCCAGCUGUUCACCCGAAGUGUUUUGGAGCAAUCAUACUCAGCCGAUGAGAGCAAGAAACCCGCAGAAGGGGUUGAUGCUAAACUGAAUGCCCUGGGAUACGGCCCUGAUGGAGAUAGAGAGCUCGUGGAAGCAGUUCUUGAUUUCUCUCGUCUCUUGCUCGAGAAAUGUGGCAAUCGAAGCCUGUACAGCAGCAGUGAUCGCCUAGGUGACCUGUUGAACACCACCUCACUCUCUCUGCUACAAUCUACAUUGCGGCUAUCUCUUUGCUUAGCCCAACGGUACCACUCUCGUCAGCGUGGCACCCAUCAACAGUCCGUAUUGCAGUCCCACUAUGCUCUUGAUCUUGAAAAGCUGCAGAAGAUCGCAGCACCUUUUCCACGUCCAGUCAUCGCUAGUAAAACGCCAUUUGUCGCAUCUCCCGCCGUUUUAAACAAGGGGAAAGAAAAUACAGCCCAGACAAAAAUUAACGCCAAUGAAUUGGUUUCCCUUGUGCGUGAUAACGAAGGCUGGGAGGAAUGGGGAGAUGUUCGAGUUCUUUACUAUCCCUCGGGCUCUGAACAGACCAGAACAACCUCCGAAUUUGGCCAGAUGGAGCAGGGCUCCCACGUUCCAACUACGCCAACUCCGUUGCGACGUAGUGCAACACAUCCUACUCCUCAUUCCAAUCUGGGCUCGAAUGGAGAUGAAUCGCCAGCCGCCGUCGGCGGGAAGACAGAGGAGGCCACGCGAGCGGGGAAAGUUCUAGAGCUUCCCUAUUCAAAAGUUUCAACGACAAAACUGGAAGAUCUUCUUGCAGCCAACUUGCCCCAUCUACCUCUUGAAUCAAAAUAUGAGCUGCUCCAAAAGCUCCGAGUCGCGAGGGCGUUGACAGAGUCGCAUACAACGCGAGAACAGAUCCUUUCCAUCAAAGCACUGGCAGUGACCAACCUGGCCCAUGUCCAGCCGGAGAGUACCUUCCAAUCAAAGGUUCUUCAAUCUGACCUGGAACAACCGAAGCGUCUGCAGCUUGCUUAUCAGCUUGCUGAAGUGGUUCAUCUUGGUGCAAGUGGUGAUCUCGAGGUCUCCCGGUCAGUCCAGACUUUGGCGAUCCAGGCACUGGAUGCGUUGGCCAAGCACAAGGCUCGUGCUGUUGACGUCUGUGCAGCUUUGAGCGUCAAUGUAAAUCAUGGAAUUCUUAUGUUCUUGACCCGUAAAAUGGUCAAUGAACUAGGCCCUGACAACAACGAUCCGGAUGAUGCCUACUACGAUGAGUGGCGAGAUGCUUUACUUGCACUCCUGCGCACUCUCCCAAGCUCGAGCACACGUACACCGGAGACCUUGGUUGCAGCUGGUCUGAUUCCCAUGUUUGUUGAUAUUCUGAACCUGCGGACUGAAAAAUCCCGCCGGGUCUAUUCUCGAAUCAUGGAGUUCCUCGAUACAUUUGUGCACGCGGUUCGUGACGCACUGGGUACCCUGACAACAGCAAAGGGCUUUGACGCCAUGUCUGAUUUGAUUGACCACGAGACCAAGACCGCGUUUGAGAAGGUCAAUCGCGGGGUUGGAUUCCCUGCCCAAUACAAGAAUCCUUCGAUAGACUAUCAAAUCCCUUACUUCCAGCAGCAGACUCUUCGCUGGAUGUUCCGUUUCGUCAAUCAUAUCAUGCAGCAUAAUGGUGGAGGUUUCGAUCGAGUUCUGCGAAACUUGAUUGAUUCUCCUCAGCUGUUGACUUCUCUUCGGCUUGUGUUCGAAAAUGCUCGUGUGUUCGGCUCGCAUGUUUGGAGCAAUGCUGUCAAUAUUCUUAGCAGCUUCAUCCAUAAUGAGCCUACCAGUUAUGCUGUCAUCGCCGAGGCUGGCCUUAGCAAGAGCCUUCUUGCUGCCGUGAUGGGCCGUGAACUUCACGUGUUGGAGAAGCCGGCGGCUGUGGAGCCCGAAGACCGCGAGACCGAUGCCGAGACUGAGGUCGAGCCCGCUACUCAACCACCCAGCGUUGAAGCCGCCACCCAGUCUGAGGAAAAGCAGAAAGAUCGGGAGUAUGCUAUCGUCAGGCCCCAGAACACUCCGCUUGCACCUGGCAUAAUGCCCGCCGCUGAUGCUCUCGCUUGUAUCCCUGGUGCAUUUGGAGCCAUCUGCUUGAAUUCCUCCGGUUUGGACCUCUUCCAGUCCUCCGAUGCACUAGAAAGCUUCUUUGAGAUCUUCGAGAACCCUGAGCAUGUCAAGUGCCUAAAGGAUGACCCCGAACUGGUUCGUUCGUUAGGCACAACAUUUGAUGAGCUUGUUAGACACCACCCAGCAUUGAAGACGUCUAUCAUGUCUGCCGUCCUCGUAAUGGCUGCUCGCGUCAACAUUUUGGGGCGAGUCAAGGCAUGGGAGCUAGGCAUGGGCACGAAGAUGUGGACUCAAGACGUCGACGGCAAAACAACUCUUUCAGGAGAUGUCUUUUCAUUGUUCCGAGAAAUCGGCACAGCUGUUGAUGCAUCUGUAGACGACCCGGCCUCGUUUGGUGCUCCCCAGCUCAACGUGAACACCCUUCCUAACGGCGCUAAGCUUGUUGUUGGGCAUUUGGACCAGGUUCUUCCUUCGCCCGGCCCCGACUUCGAGCCUAAAGAUCAGGAUGAUCAUGGUCUUUCAGCUACGGACUACCUGUUCCCAGCUCUGCGAUUCCUAGGUGCUUUCUUCGAAAACCAGACGAACUGCACGUCCUUCAUUAUGGCCGGCGGCACAGAGUUCUUGUUGGAUCUUGCGACCCUCCAAAGCUUGGCAUUUGAUUUCCACGGCACCAACGCUAAUCAAGAGAUUACUGUGCUUAUUCACAUGCUUGCAGAAACAAAGCCUCACCUUGUGCUCCCGUCUCUUGUUCGACGCGCACAGGCAGCAGUGGACAACCUGUCGGCCUUUUGGACUGCGCCUACUGGAUCGGGAUUCUUCACGGAAUUGAUCAUACCAGCAAAUUCCAAAAAGCCGGCUUUCGAGCCUACAGCUGCUGCUAAAUCUGGCACGUUUUUCGUGAGGCAUUUGAACGCCGUUCUUCUCCUCACCGACGUCCUUCGCGAGGUUUUCGCGUCGCCACUAUACCAAACUCGACCUGGUCAGUCUACCUCGAUCUUUGGCCAAGCCAACCUUGCAGAUCACUACUGUUCCCUGAUCUCCUCAUUAAGCAACCUCGUUGCUUCUUGCGUAUGGGAAGGAAUUUUGCUAGAGAAGAACAUCCCUGAGAAGUGGCUAAAAGCCACACAGGCCUCUGCUGAGAAGCAUGGCUCUGGAAAGUCAAAGGCUGCUCCCGUUACUGGGAACCCCCAGGGGGCUUCAGCAGUGCCUGGCGCCGAACCUCAACGGGAGGGCACUGAUGCACCAGAGACUGCCCCGGCUCAGCCGGGCCAGAUCCCGAAAGAAGACGACAUUGAAGUUGAUGAGCAAAGUCCCGCUUUCAAGAAUGCACGUACGCUACGCUACCUUCUAAGCGCUCUGCCAACCUCGAUUACGGGCUUCUUGCACAACCUCGGACUAGGUAUCAUUGGCAAGAGACGCACAGAUCCACUCCAGAAACAGAAGGCCAAUGCUAUUUUGGUAUCAGACGCCAUUGCUGAAGGUGUUCUCCGCCAACUGCGUUUUAACCCUGCCAAUUCGAGUGACAGCCCUAAGCACCGUUUCGCGUAUCUCAUUGUCAUUCUUUCCCACUUCUCGCACCUUCUCUAUGAAGUCUCAGCAGACCGUCCCAGCCCAAACUAUUUGACUUCAGUCCUCGUUUCGUUUAAUAAAAUCAAAGGUCUGAAAGAGCUGAAAGACAUCUGUGAUGUCUUCUUGGCCGACAUCAAGUCUCUUCCAUCUGCGGAGUCGAUUCCCGACCAGGACAAAGAGCUUGCUGAUCGGCUUGCAUCCGGGUAUGGCGGAAUCAAGAUCAUCCUUGGAUUAUUCGCAGACCUCACUUCUGGGAAGUUCAUCGUGGACUCUAGCCAAACACAAGCCUUGACUUCUCAUCCUGAAAGAGACCGAGACCGUCCCGAUUAUUUCCAGCCAGGCCAACUCUUGGUGGAACUUCGCAUGGAGAUUUUGCCUAUGGCCAGAGACAUGUGGAACUCGGAUUUUGCCACCCAGUCAUCGAGUCCGAUUGUCCGGUUGUUGAUUGAUAUCAUGCGGUACUCCUUGGAUGGUGAAUACGAGGCUGGUGCGGCUCGUAAAGCAGAUACCCCGCCCCUGUUGGUUGAGAUGUCCAAGAAACCAUUCGUCGUCCACACGGAACGAGCUACUGCCUUGCUUGAGAAAGGGUACAUGGAUGUCGAUCUUAACAAAGAAGCCCUUUAUCGUUGUAAUAAUCUUUUAGUUGCCGCCGAAGAAUACUGCAAGGCGCAGCAAUGGCUACGAGCCCCUCCCAGAGUCCCCCCUGGUCCCGGCGAUAUCAAAACUGGAGUACCAGAGUCUGCUUCUGGCAUCGACUCCCUCGAGGAUCAUGCUAUUGGAGAGGUUCAGCAUCUCCAUGGCGUUAAUGCACUACUGGAUCACCGCUCUGCAGCACUUCAGUUGCUUCUAGCUCAAGCAACCAGGCGACCCGUGCCUGACGCAUUACAACGUCCUCCUGCUCCCGGAGGCGAUAUUGACUCUGACAUGCAUGAUGGAUUGGCUAGAGCUCUGGACAAUGUUCUCAACGACAAUGAUGACAUGGAUAGCGAUGACCAAGACGAGUCAUCGAACCAGCGUCGGCCCGAGAGUCGUAAUACUGGGGCAAACCCUUCUGAGCCUGCUGGAACAUCCCAGGCAGAACAGGUCAAACGUCGCCAUAUGGUCACGAUCGAAGACUUGGAUGCAGAGAGGCAAAACAUUCGGUCAAACCUGAUCGAUCGGGCCCUGGACAUUCUAAACGAACAUUAUGACGUCUCGUUCGAACUGUCUGACUUGAUCACCUCCGCCAUCAAGAAGCAUAGCGAGCCCGUUAACUUCCGUCGUGACAUUGGAGAGACCCUUGUUCAAUCGCUGGUUUCCCUGCAGAUGGAGAAUUUCCAAACAGCGGGCAAAAAGAUUGCAGCAUAUGCACAUAUUCUCGCAUUGACCCUUCAAGAUGUUGAUAUGUACCGUGCCACUCUUGAAGAGCUCAAAGAUUGCUUUUUGACUUUCCUUGGAUUUAUCAAGCUUCCAACACCUGAGAAGGCUGACCAAGAAACCUUCCCUUGGAUUGGACAUGUCCUGCUUAUUCUCGAGAAGCUGCUGUCUGAUGAUUGUCAGCCUCCCGAGAUUGCUUGGAAGCUGCCAAACAUUGAUGAUCCUAACCCCGGUGGCGAUGAACCAGCCCGCCUUAAAGACGAACCCCUUGUCUCGCUCGGGGAGAAGACCCAGCUAUUUGAAGCUCUUGUCGAGAUCUUACCGCGAGUGGGCAAGGACGAUACACUAGCGCUCUCCAUUUGCCGAGUUCUGGUCAUUCUCACCCGCGAGCGUAGCAUUGCCGCCCGCUUUGGUGAAAAGCGAAAUCUUCAGCGAUUGUUUGUGAUGGUUAAGCAGCUUUCCAGUGCUACUAAUGAUAAACUCCAAAGCGCCUUCAUGCUCAUCCUUCGUCACAUCGUCGAGGAUGAAGCUACUAUACGGCAGAUCAUGAGGAGUGAAAUUGUUGCCGCUUUCGAGGCCAAGACUGCACGUCAGAUUGACACGAAUGGCUAUGUACGGCAGCUGUAUCACCUCGUGCUAAGAGCUCCAGACAUCUUUGUGGAGGUCACAAAUGAAAAGCUGCGGUUGGUCCGAUAUGAUAACCAUCAACGUCCACAGGUUCUUGGAUUGAAGGCCGACAAAGAUCGGCAACAAAAGCGAGGAAGGCCCAGUAUCCUUCUCGAAGAGCACGAUCCAGAGUCAUCUGCAGCAGCCGAAGCACAUGCCACCGAAGACACGGACAAGAGCAAAGAGGACAAGGCCAAGUCCCAAAGCAAGGGUGCCGAACUCAAAGCCCCAAUCGUGGAGAAUCCGGAUGGCGUUAUUCAUUAUCUGCUUUCGGAGCUUUUGUCCUACAAGGAUGUGGAUGACAAAGAAGCCGGUCCUGAAUUCCCAGAACACGCAGCUGACCAAUCUGAUACUCAAACUGAUGUUGAGAUGGCUGUGGAUGAGCCAACACCUUCAAAUUCGAGCACUACCGAAGCCCCUCCGUCUCGCGGUACUAAGAAGGUAGAGAAGCCUCAGUUCAAGGCAGAUGACCAUCCGAUUUACAUCUACCGCUGCUUGCUUCUUCAGUGCUUGACAGAACUUCUUUCCUCAUACAACCGAACCAAGGUCGAGUUCAUCAACUUUUCCCGCAAGGCUGAUCCUCUAGCCACCACGCCCUCCAAACCACGCUCUGGCGUCCUCAACUAUUUGUUGAACGUACUUGUUCCCCUCGGUACUAUGGAUCACGAUGAAAGUUUGGUAUUCAAAAAGCGCAGCAUUACCUCCACAUGGACUAUGCAAGUGCUUGUUGCGCUUUGCACCAAGACCGGCGAAUUCGGCGGUGUUGGUAGGCGUCGUACUGACCCUAAGUAUGAGGAGGACGAGCCUGAGCUUGCUUUUGUGCGCCGUUUUGUGCUGGAGCAUGCUCUCCGGACCUACAAAGAUGCUAUGGCCUCUACCGAACCUCUAGAUGCCAAGUAUUCGAAGCUUAUGUCUCUUGCUGAUCUCUUCGAUAAAAUGCUCAGCGGCUACUCCUUUACCAAUGACGCGGGCUUCCCAACUUCAACUAGGCAGCUCGCCAAAACCAUGUUCGAAAAGAAUUUUAUCCCGGCGCUCACUUCAUCAGUCGCCGAUGUCGACUUGAAUUUCCCGUCCUCCCGGCGUGUCAUCAAGUAUAUUCUUCGUCCAUUGAAUAAACUUACACAGACUGCCGUACUUCUGAGCGAGAACUCGGAUAUCAAUAUCCAAGGUGACAACGAGGAUGAUGAUAUCUCAUCGGCCACCUCCGUUUCUGACUUGGAAGACGAACGCGAAGAAACACCUGACCUCUUCCGUCACUCUACUCUUGGCAUGCUAGAGCCUCGUCAUGACGAGGAAGAGAGUAGCACCGAAGAAUCGGAGGGUGAGGACGAUGAGAUGUACGAUGAUGAAUAUGACGAAGAAAUGGACUACGACGAGGAUGUCGCUGAAGAUGAUGGUGAAGUCGUCAGCGACGAAGACGACGAUGGCAUGGGUCCAAUUGAAGGUCUUUCUGGUGAUGCAGUCGAAGUCAUCCUCGACGAAGAUGACGACGAGGAUGAGGACGAUGAUGAUGAAGAUCACGACCAUUUGGACAUGCAUGAUGAUAUGUAUGACGGAGAGAUCGGGGGUGACAGAGACAACGAAAGCCUCGAAGAUGGGGAGGAGGACGAAUGGGAAAGCGAAGAAAUGACCGAAGACGAAGAGGAGGUCGAAAUGAUGAACCAAUUUGAAGAUGAGAUGGCCGACAUGAGACAAUCCACCCGACACCAAGGUGAGGAUCAACAUCUUGGUGACCUAUUCCGUGCCCUAAAUGGUACAGGUGUUGAUGAUCUCCGUGGAGAUGCCCUAGGCGGUGAUAUUCAUGAAGAAAUUCUUGAUGAUCUCGAUGAAGAUGGUUUGUCCCUCCUUAGACUGCCUUGGCAACUGCCAGUGCCGCUGUUAGAAUCAGCCUUGCUGACAUACAGUCUAGUUGAAGACGAGGACGAUAUGGAUGAACUUGACGAGGACAUGGACGAUUUCGAUGAGGAACAAGGAUCUUAUGGGGAUAUGGAAGAAGACGAUGAUCUUCUUGAGCCAUGGGGAUGGGAAGGCGAUGAGCCUCCAAUGGCCCGAGGAAAUCACCAAUCCCGCUUCCGCGGAGGCCCACCACCAGCCUGGGCUACCGUCACUGAAAUCAUGCCGGGUCGCCAAUCCGGUCUUGUUCCUAUCCAGCCUUAUCACCGUGUCCAUCGAACCCAAAUCCCGUCACGCGGCAACGACGAUGGCACUAAUCCUCUUCUUGUCCGGACUGACCGCCCAGAUCCUACUGUUCCACCUCGUGGGGCUGCUGCUGAUCCUUUCGCCGAUUGGGGUCAGUCUAUUGACCCUGCAAGUGGCCGGGUUGUUGCCAUGGAUAGCCCCAUCAGCUUCAUGAAUGCCAUUAUGCAAGCCAUCGGUGGACAAGCGGCGCCAGGUUUCGGCGUUGUGACUCGCCCUGAUGGUAUUCAUGUCCAUGUUGACCGACGGGCUGUCUUGCCUGGUCGUAUUCAGGAUAUGCUUGGAAUCCCUCGAGGAGCAGGCCCUCCAACACGCACUCGCGGCGAUGACCCUCACACUGCCGUCAAGUUUGGUCUCGGUACCACUAGAAAUCGCUGGCAGGAAGAGGCCCGCAUUAUCUUCAGCAACCAGUAUGUUGAGCGGACCCAGCGCAUCGUCAACUCUAUUCUGAGGCUCUUGGUUCCCCCUGCUAUCGAGGAGGAAAAGCAGCGCCAGAAGCUUGCGGAAGAGGAACGCAAACGUCUUCAAGCCGAAAGAGCUGAAAAGGAGCGCCAAGAUCGCAUUGCCGCUGAAGAGGAACUUCGCCAGCUUAAGCAAAAGGAGGAGGAAGAAAAGGCCCGACUGCAGGCAGAAAAAGAACAACAGGAAGCCGAGCGCCAAGCUGCUGGGGUCGAUGAGCCCAUGGAAGACGUUCAAGAAACUGAUACUACGGUUGAAGCCGCUGGCCCAUCUGCUCAACUCGAAGCCCAGCCAACUGAACCCGCUCGCCGAGUCUACACAAACAUUAGGGGCCGCCAGGUUGACAUCACCGGCCUGGAGAUUGAUUCAGAAUAUCUAGAGGCUCUGCCUGAAGAACUUCGCGAGGAAGUCAUCAUGCAACAGCUUGCUGAACAUAGGUCCCAGGCUGCCGCCGCGGGCGAGGAGGACACUGAGAUAAACCAAGAAUUCCUUGAAGCCUUGCCUGCCGAGAUCCGUGAAGAAUUGCUGCAACAAGAGCUGGCCGAUCGACGCCGGCGAGAACGUGAGACUGCGCGACGACAGGCGGCCACUGCUGGCGGUGCUAGCGCUACAGCUUCUGGCACUCAACCGGCAGAAGAAAUGGAUGCUGUCAGUUUCCUUGCUACUCUCGAUCCCUCUUUGCGCCAGGCUGUUCUGGCCGAUCAGCCCGAGGAUGUUCUCGCAACCUUGGGUCCAGAGUACUUGACUGAAGCCCGUGGUAUGGGUGGUAGCGGCCGACGCAUGGCCCAGUUUGGUGACAUGGGUGCCAUUGAUCACCGACAGAGAACUGAGCCUGCUGCCGGCCAAGAGCCGAAGAAAGAGCAGAGACGUCAAAUUGUUCAAAUGCUCGACAAGGCUGGCGUUGCAACCCUUCUACGCCUGAUGUUUAUGCCCCUGCAGGGCAACGCUCGCCAUCAAUUGAACGAUAUUCUUCAUAAUGUUUGUGAGAACCGUCAGAACCGGAGUGAGGUAAUCAGCGUUCUUCUUUCGAUCUUGCAGGAUGGUAGCGUUGAUUCCACUGCGAUUGAACGCAGCUUUUCUCAUCUUUCUUUGCGUGCAAAGGCACCAGGAGCACAGAAGACUCCACAAUCUAAGCGAACCCUCGCUAUUCAAACUGCCUCGAGCGUCAGCAGUGAAGUGACCCCUAUCAUGGUCAUUCAACAGUGUAUCGCCGCACUGUCCUUCCUUUCGCAAUUCAACCCUCACAUUGCUUGGUUCUUCCUGACGGAGCAUGACUCUGCCUCACCUGGUAAAUUCAAGUCAUUGCGCAAGGGCAAAGGCAAAGAAAAUCGAGCUAACAAGUUCGCUUUGAAUGCACUGCUUUCUCUUCUUGACCGCAAGUUGAUAAUGGAAAGCCCUAAUUGUAUGGAGCAACUGUCCAGCCUCCUGAGCAGCAUCACACAACCCUUGACUGUUCUUCUUCGUCGCGAAAAAGAGCGACAGGAAGAUGGCAAGGGCAAGAAACCCGAGAGACCUCAGAUCGAAGCCUCUGCCGAUCAACCUGCUGAGGCUGCCGAUUCCAGUAUGGACACAUCUAUGACUGAUGCUCCGCUACCGACUGUGGAAAGUCCUGGAGCCCCUGAUCAAGAGACCGUGGAGGGCGAAGAGGCCACUUCGGCUGAAGCCAAGAAAUCUGAAGACUCCAAAAAGCCCGCCGAGGACGAGAAGCGCAAGAAGCGAACAAUCGAGCCUCCAGUCGUUCCGGAUCACAACUUCCGACUGGUUGUCCAGAUCCUUGCGGCUCGUGAGUGCAAUGGCAAGAUAUUCCGUGAUACACUUUCCACCAUCAACAAUCUAUCUGCUGUUCCUGGAGCUAGAGACGUGAUUGGCAAUGAAUUGGUUGCUCAAGCGCAGGCCCUUAGUGAUACCAUCUUGGGUGAUUUGGAAGACCUUCUCCCUCAUAUCCACCAGGCCAAGACCGGUACCGACAUGCAAGGUCUUGCUCUGGCCAAGUUCUCCCCGGCCAGCUCCGAUCAGGCGAAAUUGCUACGUAUCCUGACCGCACUCGAUUAUUUGUUUGACCAAGCACGAGCAGACAAGUCCAAAGAUGUUGAGGCUGGGGCCGCUCCCAAGGAGGACGUACUAAAGAAACUCUAUGAAAGCGCCACUUUCGGCCCACUUUGGACCAAGCUGAGUGACUGUUUGACAGUCAUUCGGCAGAAGGAAAAUAUGCUGAACGUGGCUACUAUCCUCCUCCCUCUCAUUGAGGCAUUGAUGGUUGUCUGCAAGAACACCACGCUGAAGGACCAGCCGCUGUCUCGCGGUAGCCGUGAGCUGUCAGUCAACAGCGCCCAGACUGAUGCUGGUCUCAGCAUGGAAAAUAUAUUCUUCAAGUUCACUGAGGAACAUCGCAAGAUUCUUAAUGAGCUCGUCCGCCAGAACCCUCGCCUGAUGAGCGGUACAUUAUCCCUAUUGGUUAAAAACCCCAAGGUCCUGGAAUUCGACAACAAGCGCAACUAUUUCACUCGUCGUGUCCACUCCCGCGGUGCCGAGCCUCGCCACCCUCAUCCUCCUCUUCAGCUCUCUGUGCGCAGAGCUGAGGUUUUCCUUGACUCUUUCAAGUCCUUGUACUUCAAGAGUGCAGAUGAGUUGAAGUAUGGCAAAUUGAACGUUCGAUUCCACGGUGAGGAGGGUGUCGAUGCUGGUGGUGUCACCAGAGAAUGGUUCCAGGUCCUUGCCCGUGGCAUGUUCAACCCCAACUACGCCUUGUUCAUCCCUGUCGCCGCUGAUCGGACUACCUUCCACCCCAACCGCCUCAGUGGAGUCAACUCGGAGCACCUCAUGUUCUUCAAAUUCAUUGGGCGCAUUAUUGGUAAGGCAUUGUACGAAGGCCGUGUCCUCGACUGCCACUUCAGCCGAGCAGUCUACAAGAACAUCCUCGGACGAGCCGUGUCGAUCAAGGAUAUGGAAACACUCGACUUGGACUACUACAAAUCACUUCUGUGGAUGCUCGAAAAUGACAUUACCGAUAUCAUUACCGAGACCUUUGCCAUUGAAACCGAUGCCUUUGGCGAGAAGCAGGUCAUCGACCUGAAGCCCGGUGGUCGCGACAUCCCCGUUACACAGGAGAACAAGGAGGAGUACGUUCAGCGCGUAGUCGAAUAUCGCCUCGUGGAAUCGGUUCGCGAGCAACUAGAUAACUUCCUCAAGGGCUUCCAUGAAAUCAUCCCUCCCGAGUUGAUCUCCAUUUUCAACGAGCAAGAGCUGGAACUUUUGAUUUCUGGUCUUCCUGAGAUCGACGUGGACGAGUGGAAGAACAACACCGAAUAUCACAACUACUCCGCGUCUUCCUCGCAGAUCCAGUGGUUCUGGCGUGCCGUCCGUUCAUUCGACAAGGAGGAGCGUGCCAAGCUUUUGCAGUUCGUCACUGGAACCAGUAAGGUUCCUCUCAAUGGCUUUAAGGAGCUUGAGGGUAUGAACGGUGUGAGCAAGUUCAACAUCCAUCGCGACUAUGGCCAUAAGGAUCGCCUUCCCAGCUCGCAUACCUGUUUCAACCCUACGAAGACCUCCGUCAACGCCUUUACACAGCUGUCACGACUGGCACCCUUCAUCAUGUCGGCCAACUCUAUCAAGCUCUUGACUGGCAACAGUCACCCGGAACUCGCCAACCUGGUUGCUGACCGACUCGGCAUUGAGUUGACCAAGAUCAUGGUCCUGCAAUACUCCAACCAAGAAACCAGUGUCACGAUCGGAGAGAGCGUGCGGGAUGAAGAUGUCUUCAUUCUCCAAUCGACGAAACCCAAUGAUAUUAACGAUGGACUCAUGGAGCUCUUGAUCAUGAUCAACGCUUGCAAGACAGCCUCGGCCCGCCGCAUCACAGCCGUCAUCCCCAACUUCCCUUAUGCCCGCCAAGAUAAGAAGGACAAGAGCCGUGCUCCCAUCACUGCCAAGCUGAUGGCGAACAUGCUCCAGACCGCCGGCUGCAACCACGUCAUCACCAUGGACCUGCACGCUAGCCAGAUCCAGGGCUUCUUCAACGUUCCCGUCGACAACCUGUACGCGGAGCCCAGCAUGCUGAAGUACAUCCGUGAGAACCUCGAUGUCAGCAACUGUGUCAUUGUCAGCCCCGAUGCUGGUGGUGCUAAGCGUGCUACUGCCAUUGCUGAUCGCCUGGAUUUGCAAUUCGCGCUUAUUCACAAGGAACGUGCCCGUCCCAACGAGGUUUCGCGCAUGGUUCUUGUCGGCAAUGUCAAAGACAAGGUCGCUAUCAUCGUCGACGACAUGGCCGACACAUGUGGCACGCUCGCCAAGGCUGCCGAAACUGUCAUGCAGCACGGUGCCACCGAAGUCAACGCCAUCGUUGUACACGGUAUUUUGUCCGGAAAGGCAAUCGAGAACUUGAACGGUAGCUGCCUCAAGCGCAUUAUUGUCAGCAACACCGUUCCACUGGGCGACAAGCAAGAGCAGUGUGACAAGAUCCAUACGAUCGAUAUCAGCCCUACAUUGGCAGAGGCAUGCCGUCGUACACACAACGGCGAGUCUGUUAGCUUCUUGUUCUCGCACACUGUGGGAUAA